AUGAUUCGAAAAAAACACAAAUACAUAGUCUCUAUUUAGUAACUGGUAAUUUUUCUAGCACAAAAUUCGAACACAAACACCCCCGAAUUCAUUCGAAAUUAUUGUGUUUACACCGCGGUUAACCGCGCCAGGUUGAAACCGCUUGACCCCGGAAACAGACCUAGAAAUUAAAGCUCAAACCUUUUAGAAAAGUUGAAAAAAAGAAGAAAUUGGGUACUGUUUGUUAAGCCUAGGCUGUUGAUGGGUGGCGCAACUAUUUACUUAAAUUCCCAUUAAGAAAAUGGACAGGAAGGACACACAUCAUCAUCGCCAUCAGCAGACGUCGACCAAAUCCCUUUACGCCAUUAGAAUGGGAGCCUUGGAAAAAUCUGCGACCAAUAUGAGCGGAGUACUCGCGAAUGCAGAAUCAGCCAGACUGAGCUCCGCGACUAGUUAUCACCAAAAUCGGUAUUAUAACGACAGGCAGGGUAUUGUGGCUUCAGGGAUUCAGACCUCCGUCUCGGGGAUUCAUCAUCAUUUUCAGCAACAGCACGUCCUAACUCAACAGGCGCCCAAGGCCACGGUCGAUCUCAAUGAGAAACUGGCCAAAAUCAACCGUCAAAAUGCCCUGAAAGAAUUAUCCGCCAUACAGGCAAAAAAUAUGCAAUCCGUCGAUAAGAACGAAGAGGCCUUGAAGGAGUUGCAGGAGAGCAUUCCGGAAAUACACAAAAUCUUCGAUGUGCAUUGCCGCAUCGGAAGUGGAACCUUCAGCACAGUUCUCCUGGGAACCCUGCAGCGUGAACGAUGUCUUGUGGAAACCCAGAGAAGGCGCUUUGCCAUUAAACACCAUAACCCCACCAAUCAUCCUGAGAGGAUCCUCAGGGAGUUGGAGUGCAUGUUUCGCAUUGGCGGAGUGGACAAUGUCAUUGGAAUUAAUUGCUGCAUCAGGUACAAUGAGAACGUGGCCUUUGUCAUGCCCUAUAUGACCCAUGACCGAUUCCACGACAUCUACAGGAGUCUGAGUCUCCAAGAGGUUCGCGACUAUUUGCGGAACCUGCUCAUUGCCCUGCGGCAUGUCCAUAAAUACAAUGUAAUUCACCGGGACGUCAAGCCGAGCAACAUUCUGUAUAACCGAAGAACUGGAAAGUUUUUACUCUGCGACUUCGGUUUGGCUCAACGGAUCGCCGACGAUGGCAGUGUCAUACAGACCAAUGACCUCUGUUCCAAGGAGGCCUUCAGUUUCCUGCGGGACAUGGAAAGCGGCAGGAACCUUAUGCUGACAGAUGGCAACUCAGCUCAGGCCGAGGCCGAGGACUACAUGACCAGUCGAAGGAUGCGGGCUCUGGGUGGCGGAGGUGGUGUUGAUCAUGCCCUGCCAGGACCUCCAAGUCUUCAGAGACUGCGGGAACAGGCUGGUGGACAACUGACCAAAAGAGAUGUGGCCAAUCAGAGGGCCGACACCAUGCGGUUGCUCAAUCGCCUGCGGUCGAUGAACCCGAGUGCGGAUCCCAAUAACUACGUGGUUUCCACGAACACCUCGAAGAAGGAAAUGCACGCCUCUCGAGCCGGAACACCGGGCUAUAGGCCACCAGAGGUGCUGCUCCGAUAUCCCCAGCAAUCCACGGCGGUGGACAUCUGGGCUGCUGGCGUUAUAAUGCUCUCGCUUCUCUCGGCUCUACACCCAUUCUUCAAGGCUCCCCACGAUUGCGGUGCUCUGGCGGAAAUAAUCAAUUUGUUUGGGGAUAUGCCAGUGCGAAAAACAGCCUUCAUGCUGGAUAGACUGAUUUUGCUGGCCCAAAAGGUGAACACACUGGAUUUACGGCGGGUGUGCAUGAGAUUUCGGCAUGCCGAUUUUUUUCUGGCCCCCGAAAUGCACCGCAAGUAUCGAAAGCCAGAUGGCAGCAUCGAAAUGUGCCGAAGUUGUGAGCAGCCCACCUUUAAUUGCCUAUGCAGCAACAGUGGGCACAAUUUGGAGAGGUACGAUGGGCUGGAUAUAUUUCCCGCCAACGCCUACGAUUUGCUGUCCCGCCUUCUGGAAGUUAAUCCCCAGAAGCGCAUAACCGCCGAGGAGGCCUUGAAGCAUCCGUUCUUCAGCGAUCAACACCGGAUUGCGCCAGGCAUGCCGCUCCAUCAGCAGCAGCACAUUUUGCAGCACCAGCAGCAGUUGAGGUCCAGGGAAACCCUUCCGUCGGCUGCAGCCCGAACCCUGAAGGCAUUCGUAGCCUAUCCCAUUGAACUGGGCACCACAGCCCCACAGGCAGCGGGUAACAUCUGAUUCCUAACCGCUGAUAUUUGUUGUACAUGCGUAGGCAUGCUCGGACUUCCUGAGUUUCGUUUUGAGUCCUGGCCACCACAAGAGGUGCAAGGACACCUUCACAUCGGCCAGUUGUGGGCACCAAAAAUUAUACUGUGCACAAACCGAAGCAAAGGAAAAAUUAAAAAUGUGGGCGAUGGAAAAUGUUCACGAAAUUUACAUCGGAAAUAUAAUGUAUAUUUAUGUUUUUGUUGAUUUUAAAUUAAUUAAGGCACCUA